GCGCCCCGCCCCCAGCCCCCGGCCCCUCCGGCCUCUCCGGCCCGCGGGGAGCGGACGCGCGCGGCUGCUCGUUUCAGGUGGGAUGGUCCGUGGAGCCGGCCCCAGGAUGCUCCCCGGGUGUGGAUGACCGAGCCGCCAGCCUCCUACGGAUGCCGCGCCCCAGUCUUCUGACCCGGGGACCCCGCCCGGCGCGGGCCUGAGCUUCCGAGCAGCCACGGCGCAGGGACCCGGGGGAAGGAGCUCAGCGCCGGCGGGAAACAUUCUCCCCCAGCGACUGGGCAAGAUGACCAGCCUGUUCCGCCGGAGCAGCGGCGGCGGGGGCGGCGGGGGCGCGGCGGGCGCUCGCGGGGCCGGGGCCGGCGCGGCCGCCUCGCAGGAGCUCAACAACAGCCGGCCGGCCCGCCAGGUGCGCCGCCUCGAGUUCAACCAGGCCAUGGAUGACUUCACCACCAUGUUCCCUAACAUGGACUACGACAUCAUCGAGUGCGUGCUGCGCGCCAACAGCGGCGCCGUGGACGCCACCAUCGACCAGCUGCUGCAGAUGAACCUGGAGGCGGGCGGGGGCGGUGUCUACGAGGACAGCUCCGACUCAGAGGACAGCAUACCCCCAGAGAUUUUGGAGAGGACCUUGGAACCCGAUAGCUCUGAUGAGGAGCCCCCGCCUGUGUACUCCCCACCUGCCUACCACAUGCACGUGUUGGACAGGCCUUACCCACUGGCUCCCCCCACUCCACCUCCCCGGCCAAGACGCAUGUGGCAUCUUACCUCCCUGACGAGGGAUCGAACCUGCACCCCUUGCAUUGGAAGCAUCGACGUGCUGGGCUCCGUGCCCCCUUCCAGCCAGAGCCGUUACCGGAACUGGAACCCCCCACUUUUGGGCAACCUCCCUGAAGACUUUCUCCGAAUCUUGCCCCAGCAGCUGGACAGCAUACAGGCCACCUCCAGGGGCUCCAAGCUUGUGAGCACAGAGGGCAGCCUGCCCCCCGCGGUGGGGCCUGAGCCCAGGGACCAGGAGAGCCGCUGGAAGCAGUACCUGGAGGACGAGAGGAUUGCGCUCUUCUUGCAGAACGAGGAGUUCAUGAAGGAGCUGCAGCGCAACCGUGACUUCCUGCUUGCCCUGGAGAGAGAUCGACUGAAAUAUGAGUCCCAGAAGUCAACUACAUCCAGCAGCGUGGCCGUGGGAAAUGACUUUGACUUUCCCUCUCCUGUCCCAGGAAACAGCGACGCCAACCCCGCUGUGUCUGAAGAUGCCUUAUUCAGGGACAAGUUGAAACACAUGGGAAAAUCCACCCGGAGGAAGCUGUUUGAGCUGGCCAGGGCCUUCUCGGAGAAGACCAAGAUGAGGAAAUCAAAGAGGAAACACUUGCUGAAGCAUCAGUCGCUGGGGGCUGCGGCGUCAACAGCCAAUCUCCUGGAUGACGUGGAGGGCCAUGCUUGUGAUGAAGACUUCCGGGGGAGGCGACAGGAGGUGCCCACGGUGGAGGACGCCCUUAAGGAAGGGCAGUAGGAGAUACCAGCAGUUCCUCCUUGCUGGGGACGAUCCGACCGGCGGAGGCAUCCCAGCUGCCGUCGGACAGAUGGUGCUUGAGUUCUGAGGCCCGGUGAUCCUCUGGCCACAGUCCAGCCCAGCCACUGCCACUUUCCAAGGGACUCAGAACUUCCAAGUUGCCCGCUGUGAUUGCAGGAAGGGAGGAGGGUCGAGGCAAGAGCCAACCACAGCGCCUCGUGUGAGCGGGCUGUUCUAAGGGGAAUGGAUGGAAAUGCAGGCUCUAACCCCUCUUCUGUUAAAAAAAAGAAAAAAAAAAAAAAAAAAACACCGAACAGAAAGCAGGCAAGGUGGGGAUACCCAAAAGGGGAGGAUGAUCCUACCAGAGUCUUCUUGGCCUGAGGUGGAGCCCCUGCCUCCCUCCUGUCCUGCAGGAGAGACCACAGACAUGGCCUGACCCCCGCCCUCAUUCCAGCUCCCUCUGGGCACCUUGGGCCCUUCCUUCCCAUGGCCUCCUGCCUUUCAGCUUCCCCCAGGGGCGCUGGCCCGCACCCCUCCACUCCACCCCUUCACAGAGCCCUGGGCGGUCUCUGGAGCCCCGUCUGAGGGGUGACGGGCCCUGCAGAGCCGUGUCUGCCGCCCGCUCUGCAUGGGCUCCUUGCUGCCUCCGUUGGGGGCUGGCAAGGGUCCUCAGAGGGGUGGGGAAACAGGCCACCCUGGAGCUGGAGGAUUCUAGUGGGGCGGGGGGGGUCUUCAGUCUGGCAGAAGACAAAAAGCCAGUUCUGGAUGGGAUCCUGCAGCCCCUCUCCAGCGGCGCUGACCUCUCAUCUGGACUAGAAGUUCCGCUGCCGCCAGGUGGGCAGUGGUCAGUUCCUCGGUAACCCCGGGAAGGUGUGGGGCUGGGGGGCGUGAAGAAGAGGCUGCCAGCCGGCCUGCAGCCCCGGGCCAGAAGGGCGUGCUGGGUGCCCCUUGCCAAGAGCGAGAAGGUGAAUGGCCAGGAGGAGAACAAAGGACCUACGGACCUGAGCCAGCACCAACCACUGCCAGCGGGAGGGCUGGGGGGCAGUUAGCCCCGCCUCUGCGGCGCCCCCCCCCCGCCUGGAGAUGGGGGUGCGCUGACCUGGGGGAAGCCUGGGUGGGUCAGAGGCUCCAGCUAGAGCGGGGAGCCUGCCGGCCGCACAGUGUUGGAAUGUUGAGAGGAGACGCCAGGCCCGCUGGGGCUGGAUGGCCACGAGUCACCCUGAGAUAAAGAGGGCCUGGCGUGCCCCCCGCAGUGCCCGGGGGGGACCCUGGCCACCUCCCCAUCCCGCGGAAGUGUGGUUGCCCUUCGGCCCCCUGCCGAACCCCCACAGACCCCCGUGCAGUAGAGGGGAGCCCCAGUCCAUGUGUGUGACUUUGUUAGUUCUGUUUCUUCUCCUCCGUGUGGGUUUUUUCCCGGAGCUGUUUCGUAGGAAUUGGUGUAAUAAAGACUUGGUGUUCUCUUGGU